AUGAUUGCCAAGUGCAGAGCUAAAUGUUUUAUAUUACACUUAUGUGAAGAGAGCGAAAGGAUCCCAAAUGCCCAGCGUGGUCUUAAAGGCAACAUCAUCGUUUUUCCACAGCGGACCUCUCCCAUUUUGGACAUGCUUCCCCCACCUAUGGAUGAUAUUGUGAUGCCCAUUUGCGUAUUGUUUGUCGGUUCAAGCCCACCAACACCUGAAUGGUUAAGACAACAUGCACGCCCGCUCGUUGUUAGAAGAGAAAAAAUCAGGGAUGCACUAUUGUGGUUGCAGGAACAUAAUCACCUUUAUCAUGAUGUGGUUAUAGACCAGGAGAGGUUGACUUCACCAGAUGACAAGCAUGUUCUACCAGUGCACAUUGAAACUAUGAGUGAAGCGAGUGACAAGGGACAAGACAUCCUUACAUUGUGCUAUGAUUCCCUGAGCGCAGUUCCUACAACGUCUGCAGAAAACGACAUCAGUGUUGAUCAAGAUUUACCCAAUACUACCAAGGCAGACUUACUGUCGAUCUUUGAGCAUGUAGUGGUUACAGAUGUGGAUGCUAAUUCACCUUCUCAUCAACUUAGGGCAGCUGCACUUCGUCAUGUGAAGGAUAAAGCUGGUGGAUUUAUUCAGGUGCCCCAUUCGUCACAGCCUGUGAAUGAGUUUGUUAACCCGGAGCUAUUUCUGCUGAUGUACCCUACCCUUUUUCCCUAUGGUGUUGGAGGGUUCAAAAACCCACAUCGCAGUUCCAAAUUAGCAUUGAAACGCCAAGUUAAGCAU